AUGAAGUUCACUUCAGUUUCGGCCCUGUUCCUCGCGGGCCUGCACGCGGCGGAGGCCCGGACAGCCUACUUCUGUGGCGACAGCACCAUGGCAGCCCGAGGCGCCAACGAUGGUGACACUGACGGCUGGGGUGCCUACAUUGGCAAGUACCUGACCAUCCCCGCGGUCAACAAGGCCAUUGGUGGUCGCUCAGCACGCUCGUACUGGAACGAGGGCCGCUUCCAGGAGGUGGCCGACCUCGUCCAGCCCGGGGAUAUUGUGGUCAUUGAGUUUGGCCACAACGACGGCGGGUCCCCCGAGAACAACGACAAUGGGCGAUCGGACUGCCCCGGUGCGGGCACGCAGACGUGCAUCUCGGACAAGACGGGAGAGAAGGUGUACACCUUUGUCUUCUAUGUCAUCCAGGCGUCCCGCCUCUUGCUGUCCAAGGGCGCGACCGUCGUCCUGAGCUCCCAGACGCCCAACAACCAGUGGGAGACGGGCACCUUUCAGGGUGCGCCCAGCCGCUUUGUCGGGUACCAGAAGACGGCCACGGACGCGCUGAACAGCCCCGAUGUCACCUUUGUCGACAACUUCCAGGCUGUCAGCAACCUGUACCUCUCGCUCGGCCGGGAUGCCGUCAACGCGUUCUACCCCAACGACCACACGCACACGAGCCCCGAGGGUGCCGAUGCCAUUGCCCAAGCGUUUUCUGGUGCCGUUGCGGCGGGUAUGAAUGGGACCACGAGCUUGACGCCUUUUAUCAAGUGA